AUGGCACCCGCGACUGCAAAAUCGUCAAAACCGAUCGCCCGCAGCAUCAUCAUCAUCAAGGGGCAUCAAUCCAAGUCGUCAGGCUGUGUUAGAGGAGGGCCCGCACAUGAAGGAUUGAACCGUCUGCGAGAGACUCGACUCUGGAUGAGGUCAUUUGAAGAUGUGAAGGUGGACAUGUACACCAAGGAAAGGGACCUGAGUGAUGACGACGAUGACGCCCAAUGGCCCAAAGGCGGGCCCGGGGGAACACCUGGAGAUGGCAUCGGAAUCGGCCACCUCAUUUCCCAAUUCCAUCUGGAAAACCCAUCUGGAAAACUCCAAAAAUAA